AUGCCUGCCCCUCCUGCCCGCGAACACUCUGUCGAAACUAUUCGUAGAAAUAGUGAAGUGAUGGGUAACCUUCGCAAGUUAAUGGUUGCUAACCGUGGUGAAAUUGCUAUUCGUGUAUUCCGUACAGCUCAUGAAUUGUCCAUGAAGACUGUCGCCGUCUUUUCUCAUGAAGAUAGAUUGUCCAUGCAUCGUUACAAGGCUGAUGAGUCCUAUCAGCUUGGUAAGAUCGGCCAAUAUACACCUGUUGCUGCCUACUUGGCUCAAGAUGAAGUUGUUCGUAUUGCCAAAGAGCGUGGUGUUUCCAUGAUCCAUCCUGGUUAUGGUUUCUUGUCUGAGAAUGCUGAAUUUGCCCGUAAGGUGGAGGCUGCUGGUAUCACUUUCAUUGGCCCCUCUCCUGAAGUCAUUGAAAGUUUAGGCGAUAAGACUAAAGCUAGAACCAUUGCCAUGAAGUGUGAUGUACCCGUCGUGCCUGGUACGCCUGGCCCUGUUAGUGAGUUUACCGAAGCAAAGGCGUUCAUCAAAGAACACGGAUUUCCCAUUAUCAUCAAGGCUGCCAUGGGUGGUGGUGGCCGUGGUAUGCGUGUCGUGCGUGAUGAAGCGUCCCUGGAAGAUGCCUUCCACCGUGCCAAGUCUGAGGCCCUUGCUGCCUUUGGUGAUGGCACCGUGUUCAUUGAACGUUUCCUCGACAAACCUCGUCAUAUUGAAGUCCAAUUGCUUGCUGAUCGUGCUGGUAACGUUGUUCACUUGUUUGAACGUGAUUGUUCCGUUCAACGUCGUCAUCAAAAGGUGGUAGAGAUUGCUCCUGCCAAAAACUUGGACAAUAAGGUGCGCGAAGCCAUCCUCAAUGACGCUAUCAAGAUUGCAAAGGCUGUCAAGUACAAGAACGCCGGUACCGCUGAAUUCUUGGUCGAUAACCAAAAUCGCCAUUAUUUCAUCGAGAUCAACCCUCGUAUCCAAGUUGAACACACCAUUACUGAAGAAAUCACAGGUAUCGAUGUUGUUGCUGCUCAAAUCCAAAUUGCUGCUGGUGCUCUCUUGCCUCAACUCGGCUUGACUCAACAACGUAUUCGUCAACGUGGUUUUGCCAUCCAAUGUCGUGUUACAACUGAAGAUCCCGAGUUGAACUUCCAGCCUGACACUGGUAAGAUCGAAGUCUACCGUUCUUCUGGUGGUAAUGGUGUUCGUUUGGACGGUGGUGCUGGUUACGCAGGUGCUGUCAUCACACCUCACUACGACUCUCUCUUGGUCAAGGUGACAUGUUCAGGUUCUACAUACGAGGUGGCUCGUAGAAAGAUUGUGCGUGCCUUGGUCGAGUUCCGUAUCCGUGGUGUCAAGACCAACAUCCCCUUCUUGCAACGUCUCUUGACCUGUGACACAUUUAUUAACGGCAACUGCUGGACCACUUUCAUCGAUGACACACCAGAUCUCUUCCGUCUUGUCCAAUUCCAAAACCGUGCUCAACGCAUGUUGGGUUACUUGGGUGAUGUCGUCGUAAAUGGAUCUCAAAUCAAGGGCCAAGUAGGUGAGCCUUCUUUCAAGAGCGAGAUUGAUGUUCCUGUAUUGCGUGAGAACGGAAGCAACAAGGACAUCGACGUCUCUGCCCCUGCCACUGAAGGCUGGCGUAAGAUUAUUGUGGAACAGGGCCCUGAAGCCUUCGCCAAGGCUGUGCGUGCCUACCCCGGUGUCUUGAUCACUGAUACUACCUGGAGAGAUGCUCAUCAAAGUUUGUUGGCUACCCGUGUGAGAACUGUCGAUCUCUUGCGUAUUGCCCCUGCUACUUCUCAUGCACUUGCGAAUGCCUUCUCCCUCGAGUGCUGGGGUGGUGCCACCUUUGAUGUCGCCAUGCGUUUCCUUCAUGAAGACCCUUGGGAUCGUCUUGCUGCUCUCAGAAAGCUCGUUCCCAACAUUCCUUUCCAAAUGUUGCUUCGUGGUGCUAAUGCUGUUGGUUAUACCUCUUAUCCCGAUAACGUUGUCUACGAGUUCUGUGACAAGGCUGUCAAGUGUGGUAUGGAUGUCUUCCGUAUCUUUGACUCCCUCAACUAUGUCGAGAACAUGAAGCUCGGUAUUGAUGCUGUUAAGAAGGCUGGUGGUGUAGUUGAAGCCACUAUUUGUUACACUGGUGAUGUCUCCAACCCUGAACGCAAAAAGUACAACUUGGACUACUAUGUUGACCUGACUCAACAGUUGGUCAAUGAAGGUAUCCACAUCUUGGGUAUCAAGGAUAUGGCUGGUCUCUUGAAGCCUGAAGCUGCUCGUCUCUUGGUCUCUACCAUUCGCAACAAGUUCCCUGAUCUCCCUAUUCACGUUCACACUCACGAUACCGCUGGUACUGGUGUUGCCUCUAUGAUGGCUGCCGCUGCUGCUGGUGCUGAUAUUGUUGAUGUCGCUGUCGAUUCCAUGUCUGGUAUGACCUCUCAACCUGCUAUGGGUGCUAUCGUUGCUGGCUUUGAGCAAACCAACCUUGGUACUGGCAUUCGUAUGGCUGAUGUUCAUGCCAUCAAUUCUUACUGGGAACAAGCUCGUCUUUUGUACUCUUGUUUCGAGGCCAAUGUCCGUUCUGCUGAUUCUGGCGUCUACGAUCAUGAAAUGCCUGGUGGUCAAUACACCAACUUGAUGUUCCAAGCUCAACAAUUGGGUUUGGGUACUCAAUGGAAUCAAAUUAAGAAGGCCUACCAAGAAGCCAAUGAGCUCUGCGGUGAUCUCGUCAAGGUCACUCCUUCUUCCAAGGUAGUGGGUGAUCUCGCUCAAUUCAUGGUCUCCAACUCUCUCUCUGGUAAGGACGUAGAGGAGCGUGCUUCUAGCUUGUCUUUCCCUACCUCUGUCAUCGAGUUCUUCCAAGGUUAUCUUGGUCAACCUCAUGGUGGUUUCCCUGAACCUUUGCGUUCCAAUAUUAUCCGUGAUCAAACUCGCAUUGACGGCCGCCCUGGUGCCUCUUUACCUCCUCUUGACAUGGCCAAGUUGAAACAAGAAUUAGUCGAAAAGUACGGUUCCACUAUCCGCGAUUACGACGUUAUCUCUGCUGCUCUUUACCCCAAGGUCUUUGCCGAGUACCGUGAGAUGGUCAACCAAUAUGGUGAUUUGUCUGUAUUGCCCACUCGUUACUUCUUGUCCAAGCCUGAGAUCAAUGAAGAGUUCCACGUUGAAAUUGAGGAGGGUAAGACUUUGAUCAUCAAGCUGUUGGCUGUUGGACCUCUCAACAACAAUGGUAAGCGUGAUGUCUACUUUGAAUUGAACGGUGAGGCUCGUGUGGUGGGUAUCGUCGAUAAGAAUUCAGCUCUUGAAGUUGUUACUCGUGAAAGAGCCAACUUGUCUAAUCCUGGAGAUAUCGCUGCACCCAUGUCUGGUGUUGUGGUUGAGAUUCGUGCCAAGGAUGGUGCUCACGUCAAGGCUGGUGAUCCUCUUGCUGUCUUGUCUGCCAUGAAGAUGGAAACUGUUGUUACAUCUCCUGUCGCUGGUAAGGUCGAACGUGUUGCUGUACAGGAAGGUGAUUCUUUGAGCUCUGGUGAUUUGGUUGCUAGAAUCGUCAAGGAUGACGCUUAA